CCCCAACGUGUGAAAAUGUAUUUUGACAGAUCAAACCGGAAAUGCAAACACCAACGAAGAAGAACUGACGCCAUUCUUCCGGAACUAACCAUAGCUCAGAUAUGCGGAAAUGUACUGAUGCCUAUGCAGUUUGUCUACGGGAAGCAGGACUUUGUUCAAGGCGUGCGUGUCGACACUGACGGCAUAGCCCGGAAGGUGGAUGAGUCCAGGUUUGAUUCAGUCGUCAAAGCCGGAUGGACGGACAGGAUGGAGAGGGGGGUCUUCCGUUACCAUUUGGGGGACUUAAAAACGCGCAUCCUCCCCGGCCGCUGUGGUUUGGUGGCCCAGUUAAAUGUCAAGAGAGGAAUCGAAAGAAGGAAACCUCAGGAGAUCCUCAGCAUUCAACAGGAUUUCAACGCCAAGAAGUUUAAUUUUAACAAGGUCAAUCCAGAUGAGAUCAUAUUUGAGAUGAUUAAAGAUUCCGAGGAAGGGCACGAAAUGGGCCGUCCUCCAUGCAAGACUGUUGUGUUGGUCAAUGUCAGUCCUCUGGAGUUCGGACAUUGUCUUUUUGUUCCAGAUCCGGCACGCUGCUUUCCUCAGGUCCUCACGAGUUUCGCCAUUCAAGUUGGCAUCGAAUCAGUGUUGCUCAGCUCUGACCCAGCCUUUCGUGUGGGCUUCAACAGUCUUGGAGCUUGUGCAUCUGUCAACCAUUUACACCUCCAUGGAUAUUACCUGAAAUACAAGCUUAAUAUUGAAUCCGCACCUGUCCGCCCACUUCUUCCUGAAAAGGGGGUUUACACGUUGCCCGGCUUUCCUGCAGGUUUUCUGUUCUAUAGCGAAUCCAAAGGAGUGGAAGAUGUCGCGAGGGCCGUCUGUCGUGUCACCGACUUCCUAAUAGAGGCCAAUGUUGCUCACAACCUCUUCUUGACCAGGGGAUGUCCACCCUGCGAAGAGGAUGACAAGUUACUAAGAAAAGGCGUGCGUAUUGCUGUGUGGCCACGAAUGGCUUGUUUCGGUACCAAAGAGGAGACCGCUUUCAACGUUGCGGUAUGUGAGCUUGCAGGACAUCUGUCAUUUAAGAACAGCAAGGACUUUGAGCUCACCACCGAAUCUCAUGUGAUCGAUACCAUUCAAUGUUAUCUUCUACCGCCUGGAGAAUUUCUUCAGUUAGAAAAGCAACUGACUCAGCAUUUAAAGAUAGGGGUUUAAAGUUUGGACAAAGACACAUCGAGUAUUAUUCAUUACUCAUCAUACUAAUAAAUAACAUAAAUCUACAUUUUGCCAAGAGUGUGUUUGUGCAUUCGUUUUGAAAGAGACUUACAAUGUGCCAUUAAGAGUUUUCUGAAUUGCUGAUGAAAAUAUUUCUUAUUUUCACAGUGGUAAUUAAAAAUAACCUCCCAUACAAUAGCUACAAUAUUUUAUCAUCUUGCAGAAUGCAAUGUCUUAUACA